UCCGAAUCACCUCCGGCCUGGCGGGGCUGGGAGGGGCUUCCUUCCAAGCCUCCUUGGCCUCCCCAGCCCGGCUGCCCAGAGCAGCCAGACUGCCCGAGAGGAGGGGGAGCCUGCAGGGAAGGACCAAGGGCCCAGGGAAGGCAGCCACCAUGCCAGUCCUCAAGAACCCCCAUCAGCUGAAGGCGGCCAGCAGUGGCCCUAGGAACAGUGGCGGGGGUGGCAGCCACAGCAAGACACUGAUCCUGGCCAAGGAGACUCCGGGAACCAACCCUUUCGAGGAGGACCUGGAGGAGAAUGAGAAGGACUCCUUCCUUGGGGGCAUCUCCCCCGGCCAAGAGAGGACCCUCCCAGGGGACAGGGAGGACUUUGAGCGGGGCCUCUUCAGCGGCAACCCCGAGGACCGCUUCAGGCGCCGGGCCACCUUGGAGAAGCUGGUGGGGCUGAGUCCCUUCCGCCUGGGCAGGAGCCGCAAGAGCGGGGAGAAGCGGUCGCCCGGGGGCGAGCAGGGCUCCGACCAGCGCUCCUUCCUGGAGCGCAUGAUGCUGCCCCUGAUGGAGGGUAACCUGGGCCAGCGGACGCCUGAGAAGAAGAAGCCACGUCGCUGCUCGGAGGACUUCAGCCUGCUGCAGCGGUUCAACGGGCGCCGCAAGGAAGGCCUCUACAGCUCGGACUAUGGCCCGGCGGAGAACGGCGGCGGGGACACUGCCAAGCGUGGCUCUUUCCUGAAGAUCGGGCUGGGCGGGAAGGUGCGCCGGGCGUCCCUGGUGGAGAAGUUCAACCAGACAGAGGGCUUGGAGGCUGCCCCGGCGGCCGAGAAGCAUGACCCCAAGCCCAAGGAGCCGCUCUCAGUCCUGGAGAUCUUCCACCUGAUCCACCAGCGGGAUCUCCGCCUGGCUGACCGGCACAUAGUGGAGCUGGAGGCCGAGUGCGCCCAGGAGGGCGGCGGGAAGGACGGCAGCCGGAAGGCCAAGGAUGUGGCCCUGCUCUACGAGGCGCUGCAGAAGGAGCUCUGGGCGGUGCUGGCCGAGGCGCUGGCUGCCAAGAGCUCCUACCCGCCCCUGGAGCAGCUGGUCCAAGUCAUUGAGCAGGAGGAGGAGGCCGACCGUAGGUGGUGCCAGGCCCAGGGAGACUCCGCGGGGGCCCCCGGGGCUCGACCGCGGAAGAUGAGGCAGCAGUGGGCCGAGGCAGUGGACCGGCUGGUGGGCCAGAAGCUGUGCCAGUGCAUGGAGGGCCGAGUGGGCACCAUCACCACCCAGAUGGACCGGCUGGCCAAGUGCACAGUGGAGGACCUGAGCAGCAUCAGGGGCCACCUGCUGCAGGCCUACCCCAAGGAGUACCAGGCCUUCGGCGUCUACUUGGGCAGCUACCACCGGGGCCUGGCCCGCUGCCUGGCCGAAGGGGUCCAGAAGCAGCUGAGCCUCUCCGAGCUCUACUUCGUCUUGGACUGGAACAGCAACAUCUACCAAAGGGAGGUCCUCAGCCGGCCAGAGAUCUCCCCCCUGGUCAAGCCCCAGGAGCUCGGACCCCUCCUGUGCCCGGAAAUGCAGCAGAGUCUGGAGGAGCAGUGCAUUGCCGCCGUGAAGGUGACGAUCGCCAGGGACAUGAGCCAAGAGCUGCAGAAAGAGGAAGAGCGGUGGGCGCAGGAAGACAAGGAAAACAGCUUUCAGUUCGGCUUGUCCAGCAAAGUCAUCUUGGUGCUGAAGGGGCAUGCUGACAAAGCCCCACAGAUCACGGAGGAUUUUGGAAGGAGGGUGGCCCACUGUUGCCUCACCGGCCUGGCGGAGUUCUUGCAGAGCUUCCAGAAGAAAGUCGAAAAGUUUCAUGAAGGCCAGGUGGUCAGCAGCCUCAGCCCCGAGAGCUACAUGGGCCGGACCAUCAUGCUGGUCAACUGCUGCCCGCCCUUCAGGGACUACCUGGAGCACCUGGCCAGGUUUGGCCACCCAGACAGCGAGGCUGCGAAGCAGUUGGCAGGCUUGUCCCUCGACCGAGUGACCCGGCUGUGCAACCGAGUGUUGGCUGACCAGCUCUUCCAAAGCCUCAAGCCCUACUUCUACAAGCUGAUGAAGAGGAAAUGGCUCAGCAACCCCGAGGCCUUCUCCACCAUCAUGGCUCUCCUGGCGGAGCAUGCUCAGAAGCUGAGGAGGAUGAAGCUGGGGCCCUACCAGAUGCUGGUGAGGGAGGUGCACCGGCGGGUGCUGAUCGAGUACGUCCGGCCGCUGAUGCGAGUGCGGAUCAUCUGCACUUCGUCCAAGAUGAGAGCCAAGGUGGCCCACCGACUCCGCAGCGAGGCCAAGCAGCUGCAGGAGUUCUUCAUUCAGCUGGAAUCCUCCUCCUCCUGGCUGGACUCCGUGGUGCCCCACCUGGCUGGGAUCCUGGAGCUGGAGGACACGCCGGCCAUCCAGAUGGAAGUGGCUUUCCUGGCCAGGGCCUUUCCUGACGUGCAAAAGAAGCACCUGUCAGCCCUGCUGGAUGUCCGGGGCCUGCAGAGCCAAGCCCAGCGGCAGCUCAUCCUAGCGGCCUUGGAGAGCCUGGAGCUGAUGGGGGCUGAGACAGGCGUCUGCCAAGACCGGGCCUUCUUCUCCGAGAUCGCCACUGGCGAAGUCUUCUGUGUCCGCGUCCAGCUGCACCGCCUCUCGCACUUCGGGCUCGCCUGCAUCUCCCGGAUGCGCCGGAGGCCCCCCCGCCUGCAGCGAGAGAGAGAGAAGGAGGCUGAAGCUCAGCUGUGAGGACCCCAACCGGACAUUCUUGGCCUUUUGGCGAGAGGGCUACCCUGCCCUUUCCCAAGAAGCCCUGCCUUACGGUGCUCACCUGCCGAGGAGGAGUGCGGCUGCCUGCUGGACACGACCGCUCAGGUCUUGGGCUGCAGGCCUCCUGCAAAUGGCCAAGAGCCGGACGGGCAGCAGCCUCCCUAUGACCACCUGGAGUGGCCAUGGCAAAAGACCACUGCCUUUGGGGUGCUCUGGAUUUGGGGGUGAUUGCUGGGGAGGGGGUAGAAAGGGGGCUGGGGCACAAAUCCAACAACUCUUAGACUACCUGAAGGGCCCCCCCAUGCCUAUAACCAACAGGUGGAUCCGAAAUCCUGAUGCUCCUCUCAGCCCAGUUCGAGGCCAGGACUAUUUCAGGGCUGAUGGAGUCUUGUGCCAACUGGGGCUUCUGGGAGGCCGAGGGAAGGAGCAAUAGGAGCCACGGCUCAGGAGGAAAAUGCAGGGGGAGAUCCAGGAAACACAGCCCUGAUUCAGCCUUGGAACCGCAUCAAACCAGGUGGAGAGACAGCUGGAGGGAGGGAGUUGGGAUGCCAAGCGUCAUCUUAGAGCAUAGAACAGGCUCUCUGGACUUGGCCGCUUUAAGACUUGUGGGCUUCCAUGCUGGUUGAGGAAUUGAAAUCCACAAGUCUUAGAGUGGCCAAGUCUGGAGACGCCUGACAUAGGACAUAAGAGUAAUAGGGCUGAAAGGGACCUUGGAGGUCUUCUAGCCUGACCCCGCCUAUAGCGAGAGAUCUUAUACCGUAGGGGAACCCUCCAGUCAGCUCGUUCACCAUGGUGGAGUUGGAGGGUGAAGAAUCGUUCCUACGUCUCCCUCGUCAUAGUUGGGGUUCUGCAACAUCCACCCCUCCCCCAUUUCUCUCCAUCCUAGGUGUGAAGUGGGAGAGGAAACUGGCAGCAUCUCACCCCUCCCAGCCCCCAUCACAAACUAGCACAUAAGCUUCACCCCUCCUUCCCCACCAGCUCAGAGGCAGGAGACCCCCCCCCCACCAUCCUCAGACCGGCUCAGUGGAUACCAGGCCCCCAUGCUGGGCACUGGGUACCCCAAUUCAUAGCCAUUGCCAUUGGUUUGUUUUCCCCCUUUUAAUGUUUGUAUCUGGGCUGACCUUGAAAAAGACCCCAAGGAAAGCUGGGCCUCCACUGGGAUGUGAGACCACCUGGAGAUCCCAGGCCUGCAGACUAAACCCAGGAGGAGUGAACAGCCAGCCCUUCUGUGCACAAGUUGGAGCCGCCUCUUCCUCUGCUUCCAGUUUUAUUUCUGCCAGCACUAGAAUGACGAAGAAAUGUUCAAAGUUUCUUUUUGGCCUUGGGCAAAGGCUGGUCUGUUUUCUAAAGCUUUUUGAUAUAUCUUAAUUUGAAAUGUAUAUGCUGCAUAAAGACACUUAACUCCUUCGCCUCCUUUUCAGUUCUUUACUUUCUCGUGUGUAUUGAUUAACGUGCUUAUUAUGUUAUGUAUUUGGAUUUUUAUUUGAAUUUUUAAAUCUGGUAAGUCUAAUAUAUUGUAAGAUGCUUAGAUGAAUGGCCUACAAAUUUUAAAAAUAAAGACCUAAAACAGC